AUGCUACUCUUGAAUCGAGAACGCGACCUGUCAGCUCAGAACAGCCAGGCUUCCGACAGUCAAUCUUCGCCGUUGGUCGGUCUCGCUUCACAUAGUCAGGGAGAGGAAGACCCGAACGUGUCGUUCAAUACACCUCCGACCAUCAUCGACCCUAGUACCGAGGCAAUCACCAUCAUCCCUGGCUACCAAGUGACACUCCAGGAAGCUGAGCUGAUUUUCCAAAUCUACACAUCCGACUUCGUCCCACAGUUCCCCUUCGUACCGUUGCCCAACGACAAAGCGUACGACUUCUACAGGAGCAAGCCGUUGCUCUUCAAAACAAGUGUUAUGGACGUGCAUGCCUCCCAGCCGCGACCUGAGCCUUCUCUGACACGUCUCCUUACCGAUAGGAACGAUAUUCUCUACUACGCGAGGUCUAGCGACACGAGCCUCAUGCAGCUUGCUCGUGGGCUAGCAGAAGACUUGGGGCUUACCAAGCGCCCCGGCAUCCCUGUGUCCCCGUCCGGCUCCAUCUACGAAGAUGCCGCCUUCCUUAGUAAAGACAUUCAGGUGAGGAAUCAGCACACGAAUGCUGGUCGAAGGGCUGUCCUAGGCCUGUUCCACAUGUCAUCCGUACUGUCCGGUCUUCUCGGUAGAUCAUCUUGGCUAGAGUUUACUCGUUACUUCGAUGACUGCUGCGAGAAGCUAGCCAAUGCUCAGGAAUACUCGACAGAUCUGCUGCUUGUGCAGCUGAUUGGAGCUCGGAAAGUUGCGCUCAGGGUGGAUGAUACCUUCAGAGAGCAGAGCGAGCUUGCCAACGACCAGCCUUUCGGGGGCCCCCACGCCCUCGCCAUUGCCACCGUCGAAAAGGAGUUGGACUCCUUCAUGGACUCCUUGCCCGCCCCGCUACGUUCAAACUAUCUCCUGCGCGAGCAAUCUGCAGCCAUCCGCAUCCGACUCUUCGAGCCGGCCAUCCACGUCCAAGGCAGCACACGACCACAGAUACCUCACCUCGGAUCUCGAAUGAUGUGGCAGUGCCUGACAAGCAUCCAAGAGCUCCUCAACGCCUUCCUCGCCCUGCCCGUGGAAACGUACGCGUCGCUCACCUUCAUCUCGAUCCUGCACCUCGCGCUGGCCAUCAUCAAGGCUUGCGGCCUCCUCUGCAUGAAAGACCGCGACUGGGACCUCGAAACGGCGAGGGCGAGCCUCAGCCUGGCAGAUACGCUUCAGAUCCUGAGCGAGCGGUUCGAUGCCGCCACUCGUAUCGACGCCGCCGGUUGCGCGUCUCUUGUUAACCGCCAGCCCUUGCUCUCUUCGUAUGCCGAGAAUUACAGAGCCAUCAGGCGCUGGUUCUUGUCCAAGGUCGGUCCUACGGGGGCUACCAGCACGAUGCCGACGAUGAUGGAUCCUGUGUUUGCGGAGGGUGUGGGAGUGCCUGAAGGCUUUGAGUUUUGGCAACAGUUGUCGGAGUUGACCUAUGGAGCCCUACCAAAUACUUGA